AUGGCUGCCAAAGCCGGCCCAUAUCUGUUCUCUUUGUUCCUAUUCCUCCUUAUCCUUUCAUUCUCCUCCACUGCGAGGUCCCAGUCGCCGUCGACCAACGAGCGGCUGCUCCUCCUCCGCAUCCAACAGGACUGGGCUGACCCCUACCUUGACUCCACCUGGAACACCUCCUCCUGGCCCGGCGUCGACUUCUCCGCCGACGGUUCCGUCGUCAACAUCACCCUUUCCAACCCUUCCGACUCCGACCCUAUGCUCUCCCGCCCUAUCCCUGCCUCCCUCUGCCUCCUCCGUAAUCUCACCCACCUCGACCUCAGCUACAACAACAUCCCUGGCGAGUUCCCCGUCGCCCUAUACAACUGUUCCUCCCUCAGCUACCUCGACCUCUCGCAGAACCUCUUCGUUGGCGUCGUCCCCACCGACGUCGACCGCCUCUCCCCUCUGCUCACCCACCUCGACCUCUCUUCCAACAACUUCUCCGGCGACGUCCCGCCAUCCAUCGGCCGGUUCCCGGCGCUUCGCUCGCUGAUCCUCAACAGCAACCUCUUCAACGGCAGCUUCCCCAAAGAAAUCGGCAAUCUCUCCAAUCUCGAGACCCUCUACCUCUCCUACAAUUCCUUCGCGCCGAUUAGGGUUCCGGCGGAUUUCGGCAACCUGACCAAGCUCAGAGACCUCCGGAUGGUGAGUACCAACAUCGUCGGAGAGAUCCCGACCUGGCUCUCCAAUCUAACCGGGUUGGUUCUAUUGGACUUGUCGUCGAACUCGCUCACCGGCCAAAUUCCUAGCGGAAUUUGGAGGAUUCCCAAACUGGAGCAGUUAUAUUUGUUUUAUAACAAUCUAUCCGGACCAAUCGUCAUCGACGGAUCGAUCGCCCUGGGCUUUCAAGUGAUCGAUGUGUCCAUCAACAAAAUCAAUGGUUCUAUCCCUGAAGAAUUCGGGAACUUGCAGAACCUCUCUGAUCUCUUCUUGUACUACAACCAAUUCUCCGGCGAGAUACCGGCCAGCAUCGGCCGCCUCCCGUCUUUGAGAGAUCUCCGAUAUCCGGCGAAAUCCCUGAAGGGCUGUGCAACGGCGGCGAGUUGA